GGGCGCGGGGUGCCGGGUGCCGCCGGGCUCUACCCGCGGAAGGGACACCGGCGCCCCGUUCCAGACCUGCUUCGUUCCUUGGUGUCCCGGUUUAUUGCGUGUUGCGGGCAGCCCUCUGCUGUAGCAGCACGCCGCUCUGCCGAGGAGGACGCUGAGAGAACACCCCCCCCACCACGACCACCCGCCUCUCUCACGGAGCCAGAAGAGUGCUUAUCUCUGGGCUUGGAGUCUGUCUUCUGUGGAUCGGGAUUUACAAGACUGGACGGUGCCUGGUUACAGUGGUGUGUGUCUACAGACCCCGAGGUGCACUACAGAGUUAGAAAGAAACGUUGGAUCUAUCACGCAGUGGAGGGGUAAAAUAAAUCCUGUACAACCAGCAAACCCAGCCCAAGCCUUCCUGCCUCCCUGCAACCAACUUUACUCCCCCCAACCGCGAGAAUUCCCUCCUCUCCUCCUCCCUCCACACUUCUUCCUCCGGAGACUGUAGGAUGAGGCAUUUCCUUCUAUCUGGCUCAGGGUAAAAGCAUACCCUGGGGGCAGCAACACACAUCUGGCAGGGACUGAAGCGUUUUAAUCCAGCCUCUACUGCAAUCAACAAUGGCAAAUGAACCAGUGAUUUUGAAUGUUUAUGACAUGUACUGGAUAAAUGAAUACACCUCCACCUUGGGGAUUGGUGUCUUCCACUCUGGCAUCGAGAUCUACGGCAGAGAGUUUGCCUAUGGAGGGCAUCCCUACCCUUUCAGUGGGAUUUUCGAGAUCACACCUGGCAGUGCUGUAGAACUUGGCGAAACCUUUAAAUUCAAAGAAUCUAUUGCCUUGGGCACUACAGACUUCACGGAAGAGGAUGUGGAUAAGAUUAUGGAAGAGCUGGGCAAGGAAUAUAAAGGCAACGCAUACCACCUGAUGCACAAGAACUGUAAUCAUUUCUCCGCUGCUCUGGCUGAGAUACUGUGCGGGAAAGAGAUCCCCCGCUGGGUGAACCGCCUGGCCUACUUCAGCUCCUGCAUCCCCUUCCUCCAGAGCUGCCUCCCCAAGGAGUGGCUGACCCCAGCAGCCCUGCAGAGCCACAUCAGCCUUGGCCUCCACAAGGAGGAGCAGGGGGACACAACGGAUGAGGAGUCCCCCUCCACCUCCACAGCCCCCUCAGCCUCAGGCACCUCACGAACCUGUAGACAUACUCGGGUCUAAGCUGUGCCCAGUAUGCCCUCAAAUAGUAUGCCCUCUCUCUCUUGUACUAUUUCUUCUCACACCCUUUUGCACAGCUUGGUUUCUCUCUUCUUCAAUGGACAACACGAGAAGGAACACUACUAAGGAGGUGAACUUCAGUCCCUUUUCUAAGGACUGCCACUACAGUUGCUUCAGCAAGAUGACUGUGAACCCCAAUGCUGAACUGGGGAGUGUGGUGACUAAACUGAAUUCUCCUCCCAGGUCCCUCAUGCUCCCUGAUCCAUGGAGAACUGCUGGCUCUCUCGGGCAUGAGAACAUGCAUAUGGGCCGGGAGGCACCAUGCUGUGAUGUUCCUUAUCUGGAAGUAUUUUAGCUUUUUAACUCUUCCCCCACCCAUCUGAGCCCAGCAGCUUCCUCUCUAUUUUGGCUGGGUUUGCUGUUCCCCUAUGGCAAAUCUCCUGCCCACACCCAGUCAAGGAAGUGGAGCCAGAACUCAACCUUCUCAUCUCUUAGACCAGCAACAAGCUCCUCUCAGCCCCAUUCCUUUUGUAAUUACCAGGUUUAUAACUCAUGUGAAAGACAAAUGAAAG